AUGCUCAAGUCCGAGCCGCCACUCGGGCGCGCUGAAAAUGAGCAUCCACCAAUCGAUCUCACCCUGAGCGGCCCCACGGCCGAGCUGGAGCCCCGGCACCCUGCGCCCCGAUCGCGCAGCACUCGUGUCCAGGCCGCCAUCGACCAGCUUCUGGCCACUGAUAGGAAAGCCUUCUCAUCGCUCGACCCGAGUACCGAUCGUGAAACGCAGGAGAAGCUCCUCGCUUCGUUGGAGCGGCAACUGGCCUCCCUCCAGCGUCGCCUUGAUGCAGUAACACAGCUUGGCGAACUCAUCUUGGAGGAUGAGACUCUGCGCCGGAAUACGGUCGUUCCACACCAGGAUAUGGACUGGUCCGCAGAUACCUUUCCCUGGAGUGAGGAGGCCCUGAAGGUGCUGCGUGAGGUGUUUGGCUUCUCGGCCUUCCGCCCCAAGCAGAAGGAGAUCAUCAAUGCCACGAUGUACGGAUGCCACACAUUUGCUGUUCUGCCCACGGCCGCCGGCAAGAGCCUUUGCUUUCAACUCCCCUCCCUGCUUCGCCCUGGCUUCACGCUGGUCGUGUCGCCGCUCAUCUCGCUGAUGGAAGAUCAGGCAGCCAGUCUGAAUAGCCGCCGCAUUCCGGCGGCCGUCCUGUCGGCCGAUGUCAAAGGCGCCGACGCACGGGCCAUGUACGCCAGCAUGGCGGCCGGGCACUUCCGCCUGGUGUAUGCCACCCCCGAGGGGAUUACCAAGCGCAAGCAAUUCCUCUCUGCCUUGGAGAAGGCCCACCGUGGCGGGCUGAUCGGGGGAAUUGCCGUGGAUGAGGCCCACUGCUGCUCGCAAUGGGGACACAACUUCCGCCCGGACUACCUGACGGCGCUGGCCUUGCUCCGAACGCAGCUGCCGGAUGUGCCGGUCCUGGCGCUGACUGCGACGGCCGACUCUCGGGUUCGAACCGAUGUGGAGGAGCUUCUGCGCCUGGACCCGCAAUCGGUCCAGCGUUUCCAUACAUCCUUCCGCCGGCGUGGACUCGUGUAUCGGGUCAUCGACAAAGCCCCGAAGGGGGACUUUGCCAGUGGCAUGGCCACGAUCGCCGAGAUCGCCCUGUCCCCGGGCCUGCAGGGGAAGUCCGGCAUCGUGUACUGCCUUUCCCGGCGCGAUGUGGAACUUGUGGCCGCUGCCUUGGCGGAACGCGGUGUCGUUUGCGCCCCCUAUCACGCGCACAUCGAGGCGGCCGAGCGGUCGCGCGUGCACACCCAGUGGCUGGCAAACCGCAUCCAAGUGAUCGUUGCCACGGUGGCCUUCGGCCUUGGGAUCGACAAGCCGGAUGUCCGAUUUGUCAUCCACCACUCCAUGUCCAAGUCCCUGGAGCACUAUUACCAGGAAAGCGGCCGCGCGGGGCGCGAUGGGCGUGGUGGCCAGUGCAUCCUGAUGUAUCAUCCGCUCGAUGUGUUCAAACCCUCAACCAUGGUCUUCUCCGAGAAGAGUGGCCUUUCGAAGCUCUAUGAGAUGGCGCGCUAUUGCGAGGACCGAACGUGCGCCGAUGUAUGCGGUCGCCGCUGA